AUGGCCCGAUGGGAGAGUUUUGUAGGUAUUGAUAUGGGUCAACAAAAAAACUUUUACUGCUACUGGCAAAGUCUCCCCUUUGCUAUUAGAGUGAAGCCAGAGUUCCAGGCCUGCCAGGGUUACCCCUGUGGCAACUGGUAUGAGCAACAGCACGGCUUUUAUCCUCUUUCUUGCUACAGCAACUACUGUGUGGUAGGUGGAAAUGAACAGGACCCUUUUUCUGCGCAUGAGACCCCUGAACACCCAACUGGAACUUUGGUUACGCCUAAGGAAACCAUAGCUCUAGCUGAAAACCACGAUGAAGAUUUACUAGAAGAUCCACAUCUUUAUCUGAGUAUUGAGGAAGCAAACCAAGAGUUUAUGGUGAAAAGUGAAGAACUCUACGACUCCCUCAUGAAUUGUCACUGGCAGCCUCUGGAUACACUUUACUCUAAAAUCCCAGAUGAGAGCCCAAAGUAAAGCAAGGUGUUCAUUAAGCUCCUCAAUUAUCAUA